AUGAAUGAGCCGAGUGAAGACUGGAGCCUACCAGACGGAGUGCAGUACUAUGAUAACCUGUGUAGUGCCGCCAAGUGCUUGAAUCCUGUAGGAAGUAAGGUGGAUUGGGUGAGUAAUGCGUUGUAGGCUUGGAAACUGAAACGGAAAGGGGGGGGGGCCGGGAUGUGUCUCCUUGUAUUUUCCAGCACAAUAUAGCAACGGUUUCAAUGCAGUAUAACCAGGGUUUUAAUGCAGUAUAACCAGGGUUCCAACACUGUAUUGCAAGGUUAGGGUCCUUAUGCCUUUAAAAGGGCUCCAUGUUAGGGGAUACAAAAAAUGGAGGGGGAGGGGGGUAACUUUAUUUUAAAUGUAACAUAGUUAUAGUAACCUAAUGAAUGAUGGCAAUGGUCAUCUGAAACUAUUAUAGUCACCUAAUGAAUGAUGGCAAUGGUCAUCUGAAACUAUUAUAGUCACCUAAUGAAUGAUGGCAAUGGUCAUCUGAAACUAUUAUAGUCACCUAAUGAAUGAUGGCAAUGGUCAUCUGAAACUAUUAUAGUCACCUAAUGAAUGAUGGCAAUGGUCAUCUGAAACUAUUAUAGUCACCUAAUGAAUGAUGGCAAUGGUCAUCUGAAACUAUUAUAGUCACCUAAUGAAUGAUGGCAAUGGUCAUCUGAAACUAUUAUAGUCACCUAAUGAAUGAUGGCAAUGGUCAUCUGAAACUAUUAUAGUCACCUAAUGAAUGAUGGCAAUGGUCAUCUGAAACUAUUAUAGUCACCUAAUGAAUGAUGGCAAUGGUCAUCUGAAACUAUUAUAGUCACCUAAUGAAUGAUGGCAAUGGUCAUCUGAAACUAUUAUAGUCACCUAAUGAAUGAUGGCAAUGGUCAUCUGAAACUAUUAUAGUCACCUAAUGAAUGAUGGCAAUGGUCAUCUGAAACUAUUAUAGUCACCUAAUGAAUGAUGGCAAUGGUCAUCUGAAACUAUUAUAGUCACCUAAUGAAUGAUGGCAAUGGUCAUCUGAAACUAUUAUAGUCACCUAAUGAAUGAUGGCAAUGGUCAUCUGAAACUAUUAUAGUCACCUAAUGAAUGAUGGCAAUGGUCAUCUGAAACUAUUAUAGUCACCUAAUGAAUGAUGGCAAUGGUCAUCUGAAACUAUUAUAGUAAUCUAAUCAAUGUUAGUGAUGGUCAUCUGAAACUAUUAUAGUAAUCUAAUCAAUGUUAGUGAUGGUCAUCCUAGACAAUUAUAGUAAUCUAAUCAAUGUUAGUGAUGGUCAUCCUAGACAAUUAUAGUAAUCUAAUCAAUGUUAGUGAUGGUCAUCUCAGACAAUUAUAGUAAUCUAAUCAAUGUUAGUGAUGGUCAUCCUAGACAAUUAUAGUAAUCUAAUUAAUGUUAGUGAUGGUCAUCUCAGACAAUUAUAGUAAUCUAAUCAAUGUUAGUGAUGGUCAUCUGAGACAAUUAUAGUUAUCUAAUCAAUGUUAGUGAUGGUCAUCUGAGACAUCUCCAGACAUAACUAAUUAUAUAAAUCUGAAUGAGGUGUACACCAUGGCAGUAGAUAGAUCUGAACUAGGUGUGCACCAUGGCAGUAUAUAGAUCUGAACUAGGUGUACACCAUGGCAGUAGAUAGAUCUGAACUAGGUGUACACCAUGGCAGUAGAUAGAUCUGAACUAGAUGUACACCAUGGCAGUAGAUAGAUCUGAACUAGGUGUACACCAUUGCAGUAGAUAGAUCUGAACUAGGUGUACACCAUGGCAGUAUAUAGAUCUGAACUAGGUGUACACCAUGGCAGUAGAUAGAUCUGAACUAGGUGUACACCAUGGCUGUAGAUAGAUCUGAACUAGGUGUACACCAUGGCAAUAGAUAGAUCUGAACUAGGUGUACACCAUGGCAGUAGAUAGAUCUGAACUAGGUGUACACCAUGGCAGUAGAUAGAUCUGAACUAGGUGUACACCAUGGCAGUAGAUAGAUCUGAACUAGGUGUACACCAUGGCAGUAGAUAGAUCUGAACUAGGACUUAUUAUCAAUUUUAAUGAUCUAACAUGGCUGUUGAUGUCAAUUGUUUAGAAUCAGUACAAAAAGUAUCUAUGACAAAAUACAAAAAGUUAUUUACAUCUAUGACAAAAAUUAAAAAGGUUAUAGAUAUCAAUGACAGAAAUAAGAUAAAUCUGAAAGAGGCAGUGCUUCCCAACCCCCCUCCCCACCCACCCACCCCCAACACGUUUAAAGAACUUGACAAUGAUUUGUGUUUCGUUGACUUGUCACAGGUGAUGUGUGAUAGCUGUGAGCAGUGGUACCAUGUGGUGUGUGUUGACUGCCCCAUGGAGGUCAUCCAGAAAGAGAAUAUCCAGUUUCAUUGUGGCCUGUGCUGA